CGUGGGUGUGGGUGUGGGUUUGGGAAUCAGACUCCGCCCCCUGCCUGCCCGGUCCUGGCUGCCGCAGUGCCUGCAGACUUCCUGUUCCGUGGAGCCAGGCUCCCAAACGUGACUAGGCUGCGAGCGCGAGGUGGGAGGGUUGCCCUGCUUGUUGUUGAGAUCAGGGAGGGAAGGCAGCCUCUGCCGCUGCACCCCAAGCUUUCUGGCACCGACCCAGCUGCGGCCGACGACUGGGAGCCUCCUGUGGAGAAGGCUGGUGCAAAGCUACUGGUGCCCAUGUGAGCCCCAUUGGGGCUAAGCUGCCCUCAGACUGGUGGGAAAGGCUGAUUGAUGAGUGGCUGCAUCAGGUCCCUCCUCAGCCUUACUCAAGAGGAGCUUGCUAUGGCAUUGUUCAAGUGCCCACAGGACCAUGGUUUUGCAGGAAAUGUGAAUCUCAGGAGAGAGCAGCUAGAGUGAGAUGUGAACUGUGUCCCCAUAAAGAUGGAGCUUUAAAAAGAACAGAUAAUGGGGGUUGGGCUCAUGUGGUUUGUGCCCUGUAUAUUCCAGAGGUACAAUUUGCCAAUGUUUCUACAAUGGAACCAAUCGUUUUACAGUCUGUUCCACAUGAUCGUUACAAUAAGACUUGCUACAUUUGUGAUGAACAAGGAAGAGAAAGCAAAGCUGCCACUGGUGCUUGCAUGACAUGUAAUAAACAUGGAUGUCGACAGGCUUUCCAUGUAACAUGUGCUCAGUUUGCUGGAUUACUUUGUGAAGAAGAAGGUAAUGGUGCAGAUAAUGUCCAGUACUGUGGCUACUGUAAAUACCAUUUUAGUAAGCUGAAAAAGAGCAAACGGGGAUCUAAUAGGUCAUAUGAUCAAAGUUUAAGUGAUUCUUCCUCUCACUCUCAGGAUAAACAUCAUGAGAAAGAGAAAAAAAAAUAUAAAGAGAAGGACAAACACAAACAAAAACACAAGAAGCAACCGGAACCAUCACCUGCAUUGGUUCCAUCAUUGACUGUUACUACAGAAAAAACUUACACAAGCACUAGCAACAACUCUAUAUCUGGAUCAUUGAAGCGCUUGGAAGAUACUACGGCCAGAUUUACAAAUGCGAAUUUCCAGGAAGUGUCUGCACACACUUCUAGUGGAAAAGACGUUUCAGAAGUUAGAGGAUCUGAGAGCAAAGGCAAGAAAUCUUCGGCUCACAGUUCAGGUCAACGAGGAAGGAAGCCGGGUGGAAGGAAUCCAGGAACAACUGUGUCAGCACCUAGCCCCUUUCCACAAGGCAGUUUUUCAGGAACUCCAGGCAGUGUAAAAUCAUCUUCUGGAAGCUCAGUACAGUCUCCCCAGGAUUUCUUGAGCUUUACAGACUCAGAUCUGCGUAAUGACAGUUACACUCACUCCCAACAGUCGUCAUCAACCAAAGAUGUACAUAAAGGAGAGUCUGGAAGCCAGGAAGGGGGGGUAAAUAGUUUUAGUUCCUUAAUUGGUCAUCCUGUGACCUCAGCUGUUAUUUCGCAGCCUAAAAGCUUUGAAAAUUCACCUGCAGAUUUGGGUAGCUCCAGCCUUCCUACAGCAGGAUAUAAGCGAGCUCAAACUUCUGGCAUAGAAGAAGAAACUGUAAAGGAAAAGAAAAGAAAAGGAAAUAAACAAAGUAAGCAUGGGCCUGGCAGACCCAAAGGGAACAAAACUCAAGAGAAUGUAUCUCAUCUCUCAGUCUCUUCUGCUUCACCAACAUCAUCUGUAGCAUCAGCUGCAGGAAGCAUAACAAGCUCUAGUCUUCAGAAAUCUCCUACAUUGCUCAGGAAUGGAAGUUUACAGAGUCUUAGUGUUGGCUCAUCUCCAGUUGGUUCAGAAAUUUCCAUGCAGUAUCGGCACGAUGGAGCUUGUCCAACAACUACUUUCUCAGAGUUGCUGAAUGCAAUACACAAUGGCAUUUACAACAGCAGUGAUGUAGCAGCGUCCUUUCCAAAUGUGGUGUCUGGCUCGGGCUCCAGCACGCCUGUCUCCAGCUCUCAUUUACCUCAGCAGGCGCCUGGGCAUUUGCAGCAGGUGGGAGCGCUCUCUCCUUCAGCCGUGCCACCUGCAACCCCCGCUGCUGCUACAACUCAGGCAAAUACCCUGUCUGGAUCUUCUCUUAGUCAGGCCCCAUCUCACAUGUAUGGCAAUAGAUUAAACCCAAACCCAUCAAUGGCAGCUCUCAUGGCGCAGUCUGAAAACAAUCAAACAGAUCAAGAUCUUGGAGACAAUAGCCGAAACCUAGCUGGCCGAGGCAGCUCACCCCAGGGAAGUCUCUCCCCGAGCAGAUCCCCUGUAAGCAACUUGCAGCUUCGUUACGAUCAACCAGGCAACAGCAGUCUGGAGAACCUGCCCCCAGUCGCGUCCAGCAUUGAACAGCUUUUGGAGCGGCAGUGGAGUGAAGGACAGCAAUUUUUAUUAGAACAGGGCACUCCUAGUGACAUUUUAGGAAUGCUGAAGUCAUUACACCAACUUCAAGUUGAAAAUCGAAGAUUAGAGGAACAGAUUAAAAAUUUGACUGCCAAAAAGGAACGUCUACAGCUUCUGAACGCACAGCUUUCUGUGCCUUUUCCGACAAUAACAACUCCGAGUCCGUCUCAUCAGCUACAUGCAUUUUCAGCACAGAGUGCUCCUACUAGUGACUCCCUGAACAGCAGUAAGAGCCCACAUAUUGGAAAUAGCUAUUUGCCUGACAAUUCUCUUCCUGUAUUAAACCAGGACCUUACGUCCAGUGGCCAGAGCACCAGCAGCUCGUCAGCCCUGUCUACGCCACCGCCCGCUGGGCAGAGUCCAGCUCAGCCAGGCCCAGGCGUUCCUGGCGUUCAGCAGGUCAAUGGUGUGACCGUAGGGGCGCUGGCUAGUGGAAUGCAGACUGUAACAUCCACGAUUCCUGCUGUGUCUGCAGUGGGCGGAAUAAUUGGAGCUUUGCCAGGUAACCAACUGGCAAUUAACGGCAUUGUAGGAGCUUUAAAUGGGGUUAUUCAGACCCCUGUCACAAUAUCCCAGAACCCUGCCCCCCUCACCCACACGACUGCGCCGCCUAAUGCAACACAUCCAAUGCCAGCCACACUGACGAACAGUGCCUCAGGACUAGGAUUACUUUCUGACCAGCAAAGACAAAUGUUUAUUCAUCAACAGCAAUUUCAACAGUUGUUAAAUUCUCAACAACUCACACCAGAGCAGCACCAAGCCUUUCUGUACCAGCUGAUGCAGCAGCGCCACCCGCCCGAGCUCCAGCAGCUGCAGCUCCCGGGCCCCGCCCAGAUCCCCAUCAACAACCUCCUGGCCAGCGCGCAGGCGCCGCCGCUGCACCCGACCGCUGCCAACCCCUUCCUCACCCUCCACGGGGACAGCGCCAGCCAGAAAGUCACAAGACUUAGUGAUAAAACUGGACCGGUAGCGCAAGAGAAAAGCUGACACUUGAGAAGCACCCGGCUGCCACCCACCCUGCUGCGGUGGCACCGCCUCACGCACGCCACACGCCUGUCCCAGCGAGGAGCAGCAGCGGAAGCCGCGGGCCACUCUCCAAGGCUUUGACUCUUGUUGCUUUGUUGCACUGAAGUGGAAUGCCCACGCCCCACCCAAAGUAUUUGAACUCUGAAAGAAAAUUUAAGAAUUAUCUUUUGUCAGUGAAGUAAUUCACAUGUAAAGUUUAUCAACCCAAGAAAAACUUUAAUAUAGUUGGUGCAGAACUGAAGACUUUUUUCAUUUACGAACUAUUUGGUUUUCCUGUACAAGUUGGAAUCUGAAAUUAUCUUGUUUCGGAUACAAUAUGCCUGCUCUUGUGAGUCAGAUCUUAAAUUUUAAGGAACUGUCUUAAUUCUCCCGGAGUUUUAUUCAUUAUAUAUUACAAUUAUAUAGGUCAUCUGACUGGUAGGUCCUUUUUUCCUUUCUAAAGAGAUCUGGCCAGUUUUGAUAAUCAAGUUUGGAGGGAAAUGUCUGCUUCUGCUAAAGGUAAUUUUCUUUGUAAAGAAACAUUGAAUUAAGUGAGUUCGAAGGCUGCUGGGGUAACCAGAUCAAUUCAAAGUGAAAGAUUUCUUUCAGAAAGAGAGGCCGCUCUGGAAACUACUGGUAGGGUCUGGCCUUAAUCAAGUGCCUGUUAGGACCUCCCUGGGUUGCAGCGGCUCCAGACAGCAGAGCUCCAACUAGUCAGCCCUCGCCAGUGGCAGGAACAGCUGCUAGCAGCGGCCUUCCCCGUGCUUCUGCCUUUGUCGAAAACUUCCUGUGCCACUGUAGAUAGCUCAGGCGAAACUGUUACCUGGGUAUUGUCCACUAAUGAGUCACAAGAAAAUGAGUGGAUCUGGUAAGUACACGUGUUCUGUUUAAACAGUUUCUCAUCACUGACCUUUUAAACAAAACCCCGGCCAGUACAGUUCCAUUGACUAGGGUGAAACCAAACUUUCCUUAGAGCUCUGCCACACUCUUGAUGUGACAGUGCCUCAGUGUGAGUUAUUAGUGGAAAAGACCCAGCUGUAAUUAGACCUCCACUGUGUACUUAGCUGGAAGAACACGUUAAUUCUGCAAUAUGUCUCUUGGUUAAACAUUGCACAGUUCUUACCUCAUUUCUGUAAAUAAUGUUUUGUGAAUCUGUUUUGUAUUGUGAAAAAUUCAUAAGAUAACAUUGAUAUUUUGAUUUGUAAUAUUUCUAAUUGGUAGAUUUAAUUGAGAAAAGUAAAAUUAAUUUAUUUUUAUAUGUUCAGGGGAAUUUUAAAGAAAAGUGAAAUCUUUUGUAGAUAAUUUAAAAAAAUCAGUGGCUUAUUUUACUUAUUUAACCCACUGGUUGUUAUUCUGUAACAAUUUGUAUAAAUGGUAAAUUUUGAAUGUGUUGUUAUUUUACCUAGAUGUAAAAUUCCACAUGUAUUAAAAUGUACAAAGUUUUUGUUAAUAAAAUCUAAUAAUGUUC